GACGACGUAAGGUCUCACACAACCGCAUUGUUGUUGGGGGAAGAGAAGCUCGGGCAGCCGCUGUGCUCUGCCGCUUCCAACUGCUCCCAAACAGCCCCACACUGAUCAGUAUUUACUCUGAUCAGCUGAUCGAUAACACUCUGAAACCGUCUCCGCCGCCCUGGAUACCUGUCGGCCACUCUCAAGCUUAACUCGGUUCAGCGCGAGCCGCAGCCGCCGUUGGAUGAGUGGACUGAAUGUGGAUUUAACUGCCGCUUCGCUCCGCAGGCCGCACCGCCAUUGCUGCUGUUUCUACAAGCUGAAUUCGUGAUAAUACCGAGGGUCUUUACGGCUUCAGAAUGAAGAAGAAGAGUCGACAUCACAGACCUGCGGUGCUGAAGAGGGACUCGUCUCCCAUCAAGCCGUCGGCCAACCGGGAGACGCUGACCUACGCCCAGGCUCAGCGGAUCGUGGAGCUGGAGGUGGACGGCCGCGUGCACCGGCUCAGCAUCUACGACAAGCUGGAUGUCAUCAGCGACGACGACCCCACGGCGCAGGAGAUCAUGGAGUGCAACAGCAACAAGGAAAACAACGAGAAGUCCCAGCAGGUCCUGGUGCGCUCGGUGCGCCUCAAAAACAACCAGCAGAAGAAGAACGCGGCGCUCGUGGCCUCGCACGCCGGCGGCGGCGGCACCGCGACGCACGGCGGCACCGGCGGCCUGUUGGAGCCAAAGGUCAGAACGGUCGAAUACAACCUGCCGGUGGUGCCGAGGCGGCCGGCGGCGUACUUCAAAUACACGGAGCGGACGGAGGAGGAGCUCGACGACGAGGUGGAGUACGACAUGGACGAGGAGGACUACGCCUGGCUGGAGCUCAUCAACGACAAGAGGAAGAGCGAGGGCGUCAGCCAGGUGUCAUACAACCUCUUCGAGUUCCUCAUGGACCGCUUCGAGAAGGAGUCGCACGCGGCCACGCAGGGCCGGAGCGACCUGCAGUCGCUGGUGGACGAGGACGCCGUCUGCUGCAUCUGCAUGGACGGCGACGGCGCCGACAGCAACGUCAUCCUCUUUUGCGACUCCUGCAACAUCGCCGUGCACCAGGAGUGCUACGGCGUGCCGUACGUCCCCGAGGGCCAGUGGCUGUGCCGCCACUGCCUGCAGUGUCCGUCGCGGCCCGCCGACUGCGUCUUCUGCCCCAACCGGGGCGGCGCCCUGAAGAAGACCGACGACGACCGCUGGGGCCACGUGGUGUGCGCUCUGUGGGUGCCCGAGGUGGGCUUCUCCGACACGGUUUUCAUCGAGCCCAUCGAUGGCGUCAGUAACAUCCCGCCGGCGCGCUGGAAGCUCACAUGCUACCUGUGCAAGGAGAAGGGCACCGGCGCGUGCAUUCAGUGCGACAAGAUCAACUGUUACACCGCCUUCCACGUCAGCUGCGCCCAGAAGGCCGGCCUCUACAUGAAGAUGGAGCCCGUCAAAGAAGUGACGCCGUCUGGCGGCGCCACCUUCUCUGUGAAAAAGACGGCGUACUGCUGCAGCCACACGCCCGACGGCUGCGACUGCCGGCAGCUCAACAUCUACGAGGAGCCGCACCCGAAGAACGGCGCCUGCCUCAAGAGGGCCGACAAGAGGGGGAAGUCCCGGGCCAAGGGCUGGCAUAAGAAGAAGAGUAAAAGAAGGGAGUCUGAACCAGAACCAGAACCUGAGACCCCCAACAACUCUGGGCCAAGUAUCACUGCCUCAAGUUUUGACACCAUCCUGAACCAGGUGGCGGUUCAGAGGAAGCGUGUGUUUGUGGAGCGGGUGCUGAGCUACUGGGUGCAGAAGAGGCAAUCGAGGAACAGUGUGCCGCUGAUCCGCCGGCUGCAGGCCAACCCCCAUCCUCCCAAAGUCAAGCCAAUGGACCGUGCCGAGUCGAACAAGGCGCUAAAGGAGCAGCUGAAAGAGUGGCACCGCCUCCGCCACGACCUGGAGCGAGCACGCCUGCUGCUGGAGCUCAUCAGGAAGAGAGAGAAGCUGAAGAGAGAGGAGAUGAAGCUGCAGCAGUCGGCGCUGGAGGUCCAGCUGACCCCCUUCAACAUCCUGCUGAGAGCCGUGCUCAGCCAGCUGCAGGAGAAGGACCAGUACAGCAUCUUCGCUCAGCCCGUCAACAUCAAGGAGGUUGCUGACUACCUGGACCACAUCAAGAACCCCAUGGACUUCUCCACCAUGAGGAAACGCAUCGACGCCCACGAGUACCGGAGCCUGGAGGAGUUUGAGGCCGACUUCGACCUCAUCAUCUUCAACUGCAUGAAGUACAACGCCAAGGAAACGUUCUUCUACAAGGCCGCCCAGCGGAUGCAGGACCACGGGGGGGCCAUCCUGCGCCGGGCCCGCAGAGAGGCCGAGCGAAUCGGCUUCGACUUCCCCAGCGGGCUGCAUCUGCCCGAAGCCCCAAAACUGGAGACGCCACCCCCCUUCACCUGGGAGGACGUGGACCGGCUGCUGACCCCCGCCUACCGCCGGCUGACCCCCCUGGAGGAUCAGCUCAAGGCGCUGCUGGAGAAGCUGGACCUGAGCACGGCCAUGAAGCACAGCCCGUCCCGCAGCAAGAGGCUCAAACUGCUCAAAAAGACCAUCAUGGAGGUCCGCAGCGAAAUGAGCCUGAAGAAGUCCCACCGGACGCCGCCCCCCGCCCCCACGGAGCCUAGCUCGCCUCCCGCCAAGUCUGAGCAGAAACCACUACCCGAACCCCAGGCGGAGCCCUGCACGCCACCGGAGGAGGAGAAGCCUUUACCUCCGCCGACGUUAGAGCUGCUAACCUCACUGUCGCAGCUCGGUGCCUCAGAGCCGCCGUCGCCGCCUCUACAGGUCGCCAAACCCGGCCCGGACCACGCUCCUGUGCUCGGCGGCGGCGACACCGACACAUCUACCUCAGCGCCCGCCACCAACGGGCACAUGCCGGACCCGCUGCUCCCCAACGGCCACGUCCGCACCGAAGCCUCGGGCGCCUGCAAUCGACGGAACAACGUUCUCUUCCGCAAGUCCAAGAGCGCCAGCCCCCAGAAGCCACCCAAGACCCCGGAGGCGUCCGGCGUGUCGCCGCCGCCGCCCCUGGGCACCAAAACCUUCCUGUCAGUGGUGAUCCCUCGACUGGAGACGCUCCUCCUGCCGAAGAAACGGACACGCAGCAGCAGCGCCAACGACGGCGAGGAGGACGAGGAGUCGCCGAUAAAGCGCCUCGGUACAGGAAUAGCAAACGGUUUCGUGGUGGAGGAGGAGGAGGAGAUCUCGCCGUCUCCUCGCCUGCUGGAGCCUCGCCGCCGCUGUGCGUCCGAGUCCAGCAUCUCUUCCAGCGGAAGCGUCCUCUGCAGCGCGAGCACCGUCAUCGUGUCUAAAGGCGGGAAAGGGCGGUCGCCGGCGGCUCGCCGCAGCACCGUGGACGACCGAGGCGCUCUGAUGGCCUGCAUCGAGAACGGAGAGUUCCCCAGAGCUGCAAAGAUCUCCCCAGAGGUGUGGAAGCCCUCGGCUGCUUGUCCAUUUGUUCUGGAGCCUCUUAAACUAGUUUGGGCUAAAUGUAGUGGAUACCCCUCCUACCCCGCCCUGAUCAUGGACCCCAGAGCGCGGAGGACGGGGUGUCAGCACAACGGGGCGGAGCUUCCCCACCCGCCGCCGGACGUUCUCAGAGCCGGAGAGCGGAUGCAGUUCAGGUCCGCAGAGAAACUCUUCCUCGUCCACUUCUUCGACAGCAAGCGCAGCUGGCAAUGGCUUCCUAGAUCCAAGAUGGCGCCCUGCGGGGUCAACCAGUCGCUCGACAAGCUCA